AUGCUUGUUCUGCAUAACACAUCUUUUAAAAUCGUUAAGCGCGGUCGAAGCCGUUUAAAAAAUCCUUUCUUUACUUUAGCUAUUGCUGCUGCUAUAGCUGCGGCGACUACAGCGUCUAAUAAAGACUGCUACAAUUACGAUACGAGCGUUAUUCGCUAUCUCCGGUAUAUUAAAAGUAGCUAUAGCAAUUGCACCGUUGCUUUUGCCGCUGCUAACACCGCUUUCGAUAACUUCGUAAACGCUAAAGAUAAUACAGCCCUUGCGCUUGCGUUAACCGCUCUUAUUGCUUUCGUCGCUUUCGUUAUUUUCGUCGCCCUCGCAGCUACCGUCGCUUCCGUCGCACUUAUUAUCGUCGCUUUUUUUACGUUAAUCGUUGCGCUUGCCGCUUUCGCGGCGGCGCCCGCCGUUGCUAUAACUUUUGCGAAGCGCUAA